CUAUCACCUGAACGAAACUCCGCAAGAGGCCUCCACUUCCUCCUCCGUCUCGCGACCAUCUCUCCCGACCACGGCGAUGGCCGCCGCCGCCGCUCUCCGCUCCUCCUCCGUCACGCGCCGCCUCCUACGCCUUGCUCCGGCCGCCUCGUCGGCGCUAUCCGCCGCCUCCCGCCCCGCCGUGGCGGUGGCGCCGCUCUUGCGUCCGGUCGCCGCCGUCUCAGGUGGGAACAAUCCUAUCUCAUGGAACUUGAGGCGCUUCUUCAGUUCAAAUGAAAAGCAUUUGCCUGCAAUAUCUGACCCAGAGAUAGAAUCUGCAUUUAAGGAUUUGAUGGCUGCUAGUUGGAAUGAACUUCCAGAUUCUCUUGUAGAUGAAGCAAAGAAAGCUGUAUCUAAAACUACUGAUGAUACAGCUGGUCAAGAGGCUUUGAAAAAUGUAUUUCGUGCAGCUGAGGCAUGUGAAGAAUUUGGCGGAGUUUUAGUUACCCUAAGAAUGGCUCUUGAUGAUCUUUGCGGCCUGACUGGUGAAAAUGUGGGUCCUUUGCCUGGUUAUAUUGAAGAUGCUGUUAAAGCUGCAUAUAAUCGCUACAUGACAUAUCUGGAGUCCUUUGGCCCUGAGGAAAAUUAUCUACGAAAGAAGGUGGAGACUGAGUUGGGGACUAAAAUGAUACACCUCAAAAUGCGAUGCAGUGGCAUAGGUUCUGAGUGGGGAAAGAUCACCCUGAUUGGCACCUCAGGGAUCUCAGGUUCCUACGUUGAGUUAAGGGCAUGAUGUAAGUCUGCAGAUAAGAACCAUGGAAUCAUCGGCUGUUCCAUUUUUUUCCUUUCCCUGUGUAGCUACCAUGUCAAUAACGACGCGAUCAUCAAACUGCUGUGCACUUCAAGUAACUCUAGAUGCUCCAGUCUUUGUCGCUGUAAUAAGAAUGUGUUUCCGAAUGGUCACAUUUUUUUUUGCUCC